AUGACUGCAAAUUCAUUGAAUGUCUUCAUGCAAAUGGCGAAUAACUAUGAUAUAUUUGAUGAUGAUAAAUGUAUCAAUGAAAAGGAUGGAUUGAUCACAGGAUACGAUGGAAAUGACGGGGAAAGUGCAACCGAAAAAAGCAAUGAAACAGAUGAGGAAGAUGGUAAAGAUGUAACCAAAGGAGGUGAACCUUGUAACACAUUGAAGCGUGUUGGGAACUCAUAUCUUUUGGGGUUUAAAAAGCUUCAAAUUGAAAUUACAAAAGACCCGAGAUUGGAUCGAUUCAAGCGGAACAUGCCUCUCAACGGCCAUUUGCGCGACGAAGACGAUGAUGAGGUUCUGGACCCAGCCGAAGAUUUUCCACGUUAUGAGAUCUGA